UUUGUGAAGAUCACAUUGAAUUUCCUGAGGACAAUUAAUCAGGAAGAACUGGCUGACCGUGUGCAGAGCACAGUUUGUCAUUGUAAACUUAAAACCACCCUGAAGAAGAAGUUCCAGUGUGCAUUUGAGAGGAUCGCUCAAGGAGGAAGCCCAACCCUUCUGAAUCAGAUCUACACAGAGCUCUACAUCACAGAGGGAGGGACUGCAGAGGUCAAUGAUGAACAUGAGGUCAGACAGAUUGAAACAGCAUCCAGGAAACCAGACAGACCAGAAACAACAAUCAGACAAGAAGACAUCUUUAAAGCCUCACCUGGAAGAGACGAACCAAUCAGAACAGUGCUGACAAAGGGAGUGGCUGGCAUUGGGAAAACAGUCUUAACACAGAAAUACAGCCUGGACUGGGCUGAAGACAAAGCCAACCAGGACAUCCAGUUCAUAUUUCCAUUCACUUUCAGAGAGCUGAAUGUGCUGAAAGAGGAAAAGUUCAGCUUGGUGGGACUUGUUCAUCACUUCUUUACUGAAACCAAAGAAGCAGGAAUCUGCAGCUUUGAAGACUUCCAGGUUGUGUUCAUCUUUGAUGGUCUGGAUGAGUGUCGACUUCCUCUGGACUUCCACAAAACUACAAUCCUAACUGACCCUAGAAAGUCCACCUCAGUGGAUGUGCUGCUGACAAACCUCAUCAGGGGGAAACUGCUUCCCUCUGCUCGCCUCUGGAUAACCACACGACCUGCAGCAGCCAAUCAGAUCCCUCCUGAGUGUGUUGGCAUGGUGACAGAGGUCAGAGGGUUCACAGACCCACAGAAGGAGAAGUACUUCAGGAAGAGAUUCAGAGAUGAGGAGCAGGCCAGCAGGAUCAUCUCCCACAUCAAGACAUCACGAAGCCUCCACAUCAUGUGCCACAUCCCAGUCUUCUGCUGGAUCACUGCUACAGUUCUGGAGGAUGUG